CAACAUCGCCGGACCUCUCAGGUGUUUGCUGGGCGGCUGCAUAUCGGAGCCAAUGGAGGAAUGGUAACAAGGCAGCAUGGCGGACAGAGAGAAGCGGAAAGUCAGCACUCCCUCUGGCCGCAACAUCCAGGUGAAGUCACCGGCCAGCUUCAGGUUGACCCAUGACAUCAGCCUGGAUGAAUUUGAAGAUGACGACCUGUCGGAGAUUACAGAGAUCACAGACGAGCGCGGGAUGAGCCUAAACUGCAAUGGCCCGGAUAUCAAGGGCCGUGUGAGGCGAGGAACCAAUAGCAUGUCAGGGAGGGCAGAGCUGGGUGCUGUCGGCCAGUUCCAGGCAGAGAUGCUGCAUUUGGAACUUAUCGACGGUGCUGACGGUUACCGCAGUGACAUAGAGUCCACGAAGGCGUCUGCCAUCGCACCCCCGCCUAUCAUCAAGGACCCUGCAGCACCUGUUACCAUGGAUACCUACCGCCCCAAGAGACCCACGACCCUUAACCUCUUCCCGAUUGUACCGCGCACACAGGAUACUUUAAACAACAACUCAUUUGGGAAGAAGUACAGUUGGCAGGAGAAGGUUUCAGGCUCGUCCUCGCCUCUCAAAACAGGUGAACGCACCCCUACACGUGAGCACAGCUGUCUGAGUGACGAGGACAAGGUGCAGGGCGGGGGAGCGCAGACCAAAGACCGCGGGACUUCCACUGACGCCCCCUGCAGACACAAACACACCUCUGGACACACUAAAGGCUCAUCUACAACGGCUGCCACUCGCUCCAAGCUUCAGGAGAAGCCUCCUGCGCCACCCCCCCCGCAGAACUACACACCAGCUCCUCUAUACCCAGCAGGGAAGGUGGAUGGAGGUGCUCCCCACCGGGAGAGGAUCCGCUACCAAACGGACGUUCAUCUAGAGCCCACAGAAGAGAUCUAUCUAACUCCUGUGCAGCGCUCUGCCGACCCCCUAGACCCCCCUAACUCGCAGGACCGGCCUUUCCUCUCGCAGCAAACUGAGCAAGGUCGCAUGUCUAUCAGCUCGGACACAGAGGGCCCGCCUCCUUACCAGCCUCUUCCCGACCGGACAAACACCUCCAUCUAUGAGGAGGACGAGGUCUAUGUCCCCCCGCCUUCAUAUGCUUCUUGUAUAGAGGCCCUCAUCACACCUCCCUCAGCUCGCUCCUCCCUCACGCUGGACCUAAGCCUGAAAGGGGCAGGAACGGGGGCCGGGGUCAUGCUGAGACCCGGAUCAUCAGUGGAGUACGUUGACGCCACCGAUGAAAGCUACUGUGGGGAGGAUGAGGAUGUGGAUAGGAUAAUAAUGGACGGAGAGAUGAGGAAGGGGGAAGGUAAGGGGGAUGGCGGUGGCAACAAAGUCCCACUAAGGACUUCCAUGAACUCGGAGGCCAGCGGCCUAUCAUAUGACUCGGUCAAGUACACAUUGGUGGUGGACGAGCACGCUAAGCUAGAACUGGUCAGUCUGCGGCAGUGUUACCAAGGUUACAGUGACGACAGCGACACGGCUACCGUCUAUGACAACUGCGUCUCUUCUCCCUACGAGUCAGCCAUCGGGGAGGAAUAUGAGGAGGAAGAUGAAGAUGAUGAGGACGGCAUUCAGAUAGGAGGAGUGAGGAGAGAGGCAACAGCUUGUCUGUCGGAAGAUUCCACACCGGAGGUCGAUCUGCACUUUUCCAAAAAGUUCCUCAACGUCUUCAUGAAUGGACACUCUCGCUCCUCCAGUGCAGAGUCCUUUGGCUUAUACUCGUGUCUUAUUAAUGGAGAGGAGAAGGAUCAGAGCCACAGAGCCGUGUACAGGUUUGUCCCCCGGCAUGACGAUGAGUUGGAGCUGGAGGUGGAUGAUCCGUUGCUGGUGGAGGUCCAGUCGGAGGAUUUCUGGUACGAGGGUUACAACAUGCGAACUGGUGCCCGUGGGAUCUUCCCAGCUUAUUACGCUAUAGAGGUGACAAAGGACGCUGACAGCUACAAAGAAAAGAGCAGUGAAUGGAUGGACAGAUACCACUUGAAAUUCCUGGGCUCAGUUCAAGUGCCCUUCCACAAAGGAAAUGAUGUUCUGUGUGCAGCUAUGCAGAAGAUUGCCACCAACAGAAGGAUGACCGUCAAGUACAACCCACCUUCCUCGUGCAUCCUGGAGAUCAGUGUGAAAGGCAUCAAGCUUGCCGUUCAAGAGGAUUAUUAUGCCUGUGACAGAAGUAACGAGUGCAGUCACUUUUUCCAGCUGAAGAACGUCUCCUUCUGUGGGUAUCACCCCAAAAACAGCAAGUAUUUUGGUUUCAUUACUAAGCACCCAGCAGACCAGAGAUUUGCCUGCCAUGUAUUUGUGUCUGAAAACUCCACCAAACCUCUAGCAGAGUCAAUAGGGAAAGCCUUCCAGUUGUACUAUAAAGAGUUUGUGGAUUUCUCGUGCCCUACAGAAGACAUCUACCUGGAAUAGCCCUGCCUUCAAACACAGCCCUGUACAGUACACUGUAUCAUAACAUAAUGUUGCAUGAAGGACAGACAUAUCUAAAAUUAUGAAGAAAAAUAAAAAACUAACACAUCUGACAAACAAGCAGGACAAGAAGGUACACAUAUUGGAGCUGUGGUGAAACCUUUGUGCCGCAAGAAGAGAGUUCAAAUUAGCCAAAGUGUCUUUGGAAAAAAAAAGGUAUGCAAAAUGGUGCCAGUGAUGAGAUGAUGAAUCGGAAAGCACAACUAUUAUAUCAAAGCAGCCUUGGAAACACAAGAUAGCCAGCAGUGUCAUCUAAACAGGUGCAACACUGAGAGCCCAGGAGCCAUACUGACCUGGGCCAGCUUGAAUUUGCACUUGACAAAAAAAAGGGUAUAGAUUUGGAAACACAAGCAGUUUUUGCUUCGACUAUAAAUAUUAAGUGUAUAUUUUCUAAAAUAACAUCUGCACACUGAAAAUGUACACCGAGUAAAACAAAUCCAUGUCGGAACAGUGACCUUUAUUCUUCUGGAACUCCUGAUAAAAGAUGACUUCCUAAUAGUUCAGUGGCAACAAGAAAACACUCUUAAACACUGUUAUACAACCAUACAAAUACUCAUAAACACUGUUAGAAAACCAGCUAUAGAUGAAAAGCUCUUUGCAUUUGUGGGUCUCUUUUAGACGUUUGGUUUCGAGCCGAAACAUGUUGUCCAAUCCAAUAUUUAAAAUGUUUUAGCUAUCUGAAACAUCAAAAGAAAACAAGGUUGUGUUUUAUUCUGCACAUGAUCUGCUGUAUGAUGCAUAUUUAUAGGUUCAGGCGUAUAGACAACGCAGGGUUCAUGUAAUGUGAAGGUCAUUUUCCAACGUAUGCCAUGCUUUGAGCAUUGAACUAAAUAGGUUUGGGUUUCUGACGUUUGGAACAAACGAUGAAAUGAUAAUAUCAGUAAUUGAUAGUCACAAUCUUAGACCAAAUUGUUAAUAGUGAUUAUGGUGCAUGAAACCCUGUUAUUCCUUCAUGGGUAGCUUUAAAACCAAGUCCACAUUGUAGCUGAGUGAAUUAUAAGUGCAAUGACAAGGGGUGAUCUCUUAUUGGUGUAAAAUGCCAAAGAUUGCAGAGCUGUGGUAUCCUGCAUCUUCCUUUUUUUUUAAAACAACUGACACAUAUUCAAAGCAUUAUCUGCUGCUGAUCAUGUGUUCAGAGUCACACCCUUUCCUCACUGUUCUGCAAACAGACAGGGAGAGGAGAGAAUAUAAAGAAGGAUUUCUACAUCCAAAGGCUAACAGCAGAUGCUAAAAUACCUUAGUUUUCAUCCUAGUGGAUCUGGUUUGUGGUAGGUUGAAAGGCAUUGCAGGUAAAUAAAGGAAACAAAAAAUUGAAGCGACUUUAGGCUAAGUAGGUUAGACUAAACAUCUUUAACACUGACCCACAAAUAAACUCUGAAAUGCACUCAUCUAAAUGCAUAAUUUCCAUAAUGCAAAAACAGUGUGAGGGUGUACAAGAGUGAAUUUUUUCCAACAAACCUUUUAGAAGCAUCGACGGUAGUGUAGUCCUAAGCUAUAAAGCCCCCACAAUUUGCCCAGUAAAACUGUAAACCUUUAUCCUAGUCACACUGCGCUUUUUUACUGUGUGUUGUUACUGGGUAUAAAAUCACUGAUGGAGAAGUUUAAUACCAGAAAGAAAGGACAUCUGGCUGAGUCUCUUUGGUGGUUUAAGGAGAGUUUUGACCCUCUGACUUCUCUUUCCUGUGGUUUUUCUAGACUCUCACUCCUCAUAGUUUACACCUCAGAAACAUGAAAUACUCUCAGUGUGGCGGCGAUCAGAUUACAAGGUUGAUUCUCUAUAGAGAAGUUGCUGACAAGGGAGCAAAAGCAAGACUCUGGUGUCUUCAUAUCUUUACUAGUAGUGCCUCUUUUUCAUCAGAUCAUUGUGACCUUCCUCAGUGAACAUUAUCACCUUUUAACAGAUUGCCAUCGAGUGUUUGUUGACUUCAAGUUUGAGUGCAAAUUGUAUUGAAGGAGUGUUGUUGAUGUGGCGCUUUUUUUCCGAUGCACUGAAUGUGCUGUGCUGUACCUCUCCUGUCACUGGUCACAUUUUACUACAGUGAAAUUGUUGCAACACUGAGCCUGUGUACACAUUCUUCAGGUGUGUACAUCAAUAAUAUCAGAGGUGGGAAGUAACAUUGUACAUUUACUCAAGUAAUAUACUUAAAUGCAAUUUUGAGAAACUUGUGCUUUACUUUAGUAUUUCCAUUUUAUGCUUCUUUGUACUUUUACUCUCCUACAAUUAUUUUGUAGCUUUAAGUUACUUUACAUAUUUGGAUUAAUGAUUAUGAAUCAUUAAUCCAAAUAUGAAAAUAUAAAUCAACUCUUAAAUCAGACUUUAAUUACUCCUGGAGUAAAUUCACGAGCUAUCCUACAGUAUACAAAGCCAUUAAAACUAUCUGCACCUUUACCAGAUUUUGAUAGCACAUCAAUAAUUAUAAUCAAAACCUAUCAUAUUUAUUAUUCUGAAAUGAACCAAUCUUCAUAAUAAGUUAUUUUACUUUUGGUGCUUUAAGUACAUUUUGAUGCUAAUACUUGUGUACUCUUAUUUGAGUGACAUUUUGAUUAAAGGACUUUUAAUAUUGCUACACUCUGGUACUUUUAAUUUUACUUUUACUCAAUUACAAGAUCUGAGUACUUCUCCCACCUCUGCUUAAUAUGUAUAGGAAUGUGCAUAAAACACAAAUUAGGCAUUUGAUAUCCUAUAUCAUUUCUAAAAAUGCAGCCAGCAGACCAAUGGACACACACACCGAAAUAUUUUAUUUGCAGCCCAGGAAAAUGAAAAGCACCUGUCCGAUCAGGAAUGACAACAUGUAGAAAGCCAUUUGUUGCAGGGCUACAUGGUACCUCAGAAAAGUUGCUGGAAUUAGACUGAUGUUACAAUUACAGUAGACAUUAUUAUUAUCAUUAAAAGACAAUAGUGCCAGUAAUAACUUUAAAAUGACUUAUAGAAAAACACCAUUUGCUAAGUAAUUUACAAUUGAGGAUGAAGUGAAAAGAUAAAAUCAUUGAAAAACAAACAAUUGCCGCUGUUUUUAUUCUACCAGGGUCCAGCAUGGGUACAGCACAGUUGCUUCUGCAGUGAAAAACAACAGAGGGUGUGCUUCCUACAUCAUGUAUCACUAAAAAGACUACUAACACGACGGCAGAUUAUUUUAUGUGAUCUAUAUUUAACAGAAUAUACGAUGUCUGUGAAAGAAAGAUUAUCUAAUGAAGAAUAUGGAAAUUGUACAAUACAGCCAGUCCCAAUGGUUUGUUCCUUUUUGAAAAGAAAACCUGAACAAAAUAAAUCAGCUGUCUGUUGUUGCUGAUCAAAGCCAUCGUGUUAGCUUAAAGAAAUCAGCACUGACUUUGAAAUAAACUCCCUUCUCAAGAGCCAAUUAGACUGAAAGGAGAAAAUGUACUGUCAUGGAGGCUAUACUAAGAGUGAAUAGAUAUGCCAUAUAUAAAUAAAUAAUUUAAUAUCUGUAAUUAUAAAUAUUGCAUUGCAUUGAGUCAGUAUGUGAAAUUCCUCUUUUUUUUAGGUGUGAAUUCUUUAUUUAAAAACUUUAAUGCAGA